GCGGAUGUCUGUCUGACCGGCCCCAGAAGUAACCACCGCGCUCAGAGACAAGAGUUGUCGGGGCUUUCUCUCCUCGUUUAUUUUCCCUGAUUAAUUCAAUUUCUAAAUCUUAGAACCAAAAUUUUGAUUUCUUCACAGAUCAAUCGGUCGAUCUCGUUUUUCCUCUGGAGAAAUCUGUUAAUGGAUAACAGCCCCCCCUUCCGGGAGAGCUUAGCGACUACGAUGAAGCACGAAAAGAAAUGGAAGUCGAAAUCGUUGCAGACGAGCAAAAGCUCACUCGUUAUGGUCUUGUUGUCUUCCAUCGCUUGGCUCUACAUUGCUGGCCGGUUGUGGCAAGAUGCAGAAAACAGAACCUUACUGGCCAACCUUCUUCAGAAGAAGUCUGCCCAGACACCCAAAGUCCUCACAGUUGAGGAUAAGCUAAUGAUCCUAGGAUGCAAAGAUUUGGCAAGGAGGACCGUGGAGGCUGAGAUGGACUUGACGAUGGCGAAGAGUCAAGGGUACUUAAGGAAUCAGUUGCAGCAAAGUGGGUCUGGUUCUGGGCAAAAGCUUCUCGCCGUUAUUGGGGUAUAUACUGGAUUUGGUAGUCGCUUGACGCGGAACAUAUUCAGAAGCUCUUGGAUGCCGAGAGGUGACGCCUUGAAAAAACUUGAGGGCAGAGGGGUGGUGAUACGAUUCGUAAUUGGUCGGAGUGCUAAUCGAGGUGAUAGCUUAGAUCGUAGUAUUGAUGAGGAAAAUCGGCAGAUGAAGGAUUUCUUGAUCCUUGAUGGUCAUGAGGAGGCUCAAGAAGAGUUGCCAAAGAAAGCAAAGUUCUUCUUCAGUGCAGCAGUUGAAAAUUGGGAUGCAGAGUUCUAUGUUAAAGUCGAUGACAACUUCAACAUUGACCUUGAGGGGUUGAUUGAAAUGCUUGAAACUCGCCGUGGUCAGGACAGUGCUUAUAUUGGGUGCAUGAAGUCAGGGGAUGUUAUAAGUGAUGAGGGAAGGCCAUGGUAUGAACCAGAAUGGUGGAAAUUUGGAGAUCAGAAGAAGUAUUUCAGACAUGCAAGUGGUUCUCUACUUAUACUAUCUAAGAACUUGGCUAAAUAUAUUAACAUAAACAGCGUAUCAUUAAAGACAUAUUCUCAUGAUGAUAUAUCUGUUGGAUCAUGGAUGAUGGGCCUGGAAGCAACUUACAUUGAUGAUACUCGUCUUUGCUGCAGUGGCUAUGGACAAGACAAGUUGUGCUCCAUGGCUUGAGCAGUGGAUGAUGCUCAUCAAAUUUUGGGGUGAAUCUUCAUUAAUCAACAUUCAUGUCUUCUAACUUCUUAGUGGAUGGUUCACUUGGGUCGUCAAGAAAUUAUAAAUGAGAUGUGUUUGGAAUUCAUAGCAUUCAUGUUCAUGGCAUGGACAAAAACAGCGAGGGGUUUAUCAAAAUCUACGAAUUGGAGUCUAUUUCCUUGGGAAAAGCAGUGGGAAAACAACGUUGUUUCAUCUGGAUGCUGGAGAUGGUAGAUUUUUUAUGACGUCCUACCAAACUCCAUAUGGUGUUCUUGUAUUGCAGGAUUUAUAUAUGCUCUCAUCAAGUCAGAACCAGUAGAAUUGCUACUCACAGAAGUAGUUUUAACUUUUAACAUGCACAAAAAGUCAAUAUAUCUGGAUUCAACA